AUGAGGGACUACAAAUUAGUUGUAUUAGGUGCUGGUGGUGUUGGUAAAUCAUGUUUGACAGUUCAGUUUGUUCAAGGUGUGUAUCUAGAUACGUACGAUCCAACGAUUGAAGAUUCGUACAGAAAAACCAUGGAAAUUGACGGUAAAAUUUUUAAUUUAGAGAUCUUGGAUACGGCAGGUGUGGCUCAAUUCACAGCAAUGAGAGAACUAUAUAUCAAAAGUGGUAUGGGUUUCUUACUAGUUUAUAGUGUUACUGAUAAACAAAGUCUACAAGAACUUUUAAACCUAAGAGAACAAGUUUUAAGAAUUAAAAAUAAUCUUAAGAUUCCUAUGGUUUUAGUUGGGAAUAAAGCUGAUUUAGAAGACGAAAGAUUAGUCAGUGUUGAGGAAGGUAUUAAUGUUAGUACUAAAUGGGGCAAAGUACCAUUUUAUGAAACCAGUGCUCUGUUGAGAAGCAAUGUGGAUGAAGUGUUUGUGGAUUUAGUUCGUCAAAUUAUACGUAAUGAAAUUGAAGAACAGCAGCAAAAUUGUAGUGGCCCCCCUAGUAGUAGCAGUAGAAAUACCAAUAGUGAUAACCAUCGUCAGUAUAGUAAUGGUGGUACUAAUAAUAUCAAUAAUAAAACUAGAAAUAAUAGUAACUACAAUAGUACUAAUAGUGAUAAAAAUAUUGCUAAUGAUGCAUCAAAUUCACAUUCUGGUAUCGCCAAUGGCACCACUAUAGUAGGCAAUAGUAAAGGGAAGAAUGUAGCAAAAAAUAACUCUGGUAGUUAUGGUACUGGCAACGUUAAAGUUAACAAUAAUAAAAGUAAUAAUAAUAACAAUAAUAAAAUAAAGUCACCUGGUAGUAGCAACAGCAAUAAUAACAAUAAGAAGAAAAAGAAGAAGGAUUGUAUAAUUUUAUAG